CAAACAGACAGAAGCUGACCAGCGAGACAUCAAGCAGAAGCCAACGAUACCACUGCAGGAGCAGAGCAUAAAAGAUGGCAGACGCAGCCGUUGCAGCACCCGCCGACAAGAAGGCACCUCCCAAGUUCAAGCAGAGGACCACUCGUACCUUCAAGAGCAAGGCCCCUAAACCAGGCCAGAAGGGAUUCGGAGACGACAUCCCCGGCAUGGAGGGACUGGGCACAGACAUCACAGUGGUCUGCCCAUGGGAGGCCUUCGGGGACAUGGAGCUCAGCGACCUGGCGAAAUAUGGAAUUGUCUAGAAAGCUUCCCGUGUCUUCACACUGCCAGUUUUCCCUACCUGCACCACCAGUACAGCACCCAUCUCACCCCGUUCUCCUUUGCCUCCCAGGCUACCUGACUAUGUCUGUUCUUGUAAUGCACAAAAAACCAUCCUCACAGCUGUUUCAGAGAUGUGUCAAAAUAGUUUGUAAUACAGUUUGUAUAAGGUAUCAAUUGUAUUUAUUCGUUUAUAAAUGCUUCGCUGAGGUCUCGAUAUUUUUAUUUUUAUGAAUAAUGAAUGUAUGUGUGAGUAUAGGAAAGCCACUGUUUGAGUCUGAGCAGUCAUACGGAAUAAUAAAGUAAAACUUUUGUCAUUUGACUGAUCCUGAAUACAAUACUGUGGAAGAGACUUUUACCAAUUCUGAUGUAAAGUCCAGAUGUGCAUCAUUAAAGCUGCUGUAAUUAGUUGAAGUCUUAACGGAUGUUUAUGUUCAGCAGUCUUUCUAAUAUGUUGGUCCUGAGGACCAAAACAUUAAAUUGCCAUUAAAUUGUGACAAAACUGGAA